AUGAAGAUACACUGUUUACCUAAAAUCAAAGAGCAUAUUUUACUCUUUUAUCGUCGAAUUAUUUACACUUGUAGAAAUCUCACUGUUCACGGGCCUAGUUACCUAGUUCGCAAAGAUGUUCACUUAAUUUACAGAAUCAUAUAUUUCAUAAUUUACAUUCACGUGUGGAUCAUUGCUGUGGCGACAAUUCGCAAGUACUACGAUCAUUACCAGGAGAACACAAUACGCUUCACGACGCGCACUGAUUACCUCGACUGGAACACGACAUUUGCCUCGGUCACCGUCUGUGAGAUUGCAAACAUUGAAAAACUUUGGUCACUCAGCAAGUUAUUCGACCUCAAGGACGGACAAAAGUAUGAUCGUUUUCUCGCCGAAAUAACUUUCUUCAGUGGAACAUGCUUCAGUUGCUCUUCAACGUGCCUAAAUACAACUUUGUGUUCUCGUGAUUAUUCGGAAAUUGUGUCGAAAUUCCGCACGUCCUGCAAAUACCUAUUCAAAUCGUGCAAGUGGAAUGGCCAAGAAAUUAACUGCUGUAAAUAUUUCAAACCUCUACAAACAGAGUACGGUAGAUGUUAUUCAAUUAACAACAAGCACGUUGGUGGAAAUUACAAAAUGUUUUCCACGUCCGCUCUCGCAAAAAACCCAGAGGCGGGCGUUCUCGAAAUAACUUUAUCACAAGAUUACGAGUCAUUCAUUCAUUCGCCAGAAGACAUACCCUUUUGGAAUAUGGAACAUGAUCGGAGGAUAACGACGCUAUACGGAGCAGAAGCAACAGUGAGGUUUUCAAUUAUGGAUGUGGUGAAUGAGCCGGAAGUACCUUUGAUCGCUCCCGAGGUACGUCAAUGUAGAUUCCCUGACGAAGUUCCAGCGAGCUACAUAGCCUUCCAACAAUACAGCUACUCCGUGUGUAUUAUUCAAUGUCGUAUUGAGGCCCAAUUGAAGCUCUGUGGAUGUACACAUCACUUAUCUCCGGUCCAAUACAAAGAUCAAUAUUGCGAUUUGGAGGGAUUAAAGUGUUUGACGAAGCACUACAAAGUACUGAGAAAGCUACAGGUUCCCGGUACGAAUGAGACUGGCUUAAACUGCGAUUGUUUGCCAUCGUGUACGGAACCCGAUUACAAUGUGGUCUCGAAGAAAUUGUUGGAGCCUGAAAAGGAGUUGAAAGUUAAGCCUGCUCGAUUUAUACUGAACAACAGGCCGUAUCAGAGAGUCACAAGGCAGGUCGCGCGCACUACGUUGGAUCUAGUCGUGGCUAUGGGGAACUGCUUCGGACUUUGCUUUGGUGGGUCCCUGCUUUCGAUCGUUGAAAUUAUGUACUAUCUGUGUUUUAAGAGAUGGAAGUUUGCUUAA